GGGAUAGCCUUGGAGUUCUCCAGUAAGUGCAGCUUGUCUGUCAGUCCGACACCAAUUUGUUCAGCAGCAUAAGGCCUUCUUCUGUGAAAGGCAGGCAAAGAUCUCCACCGAUGUUGGCUGGUGGUAGAAAUCUCCCUCUGACUUUUUUAUCACUCACCAACAGAGGACUCUGGACCAGGAAGAAUUUUAAACCACUGCCUGCUCUCUGCUCUUCAGCCUCAACACUUUCCUCCAUCCUUCCAUCUCCUCCUUCAUCUACCCCCAGCCACAGCUUCUUAUCCACCAGACAAACCUCAGCUCCUCUUCAUCCACCUGUUUGCUUCUCUUCUACCCGCUGCUUGUCUCAUUCUGCUCAUUGCACCGGCCUGAUGGAGUUAAAGCAAGUUCUGCAGGUGUUGGAGCAGCUCGCCCCUUUGUCUCUCGCUGAGUCGUGGGAUAAUGUCGGCUUGCUGGUCGAGCCAAGCAAACCUCGGCCUGUAAAAACCAUCCUGCUGACCAACGACCUCACAGCGGCUGUCAUGGAGGAGGCCGAGGCCGCGAGCUGCGACCUCAUUAUUUCAUACCACCCGCCAUUGUUCCGGCCAAUCAAGCGCCUGGUUCAGAAAGACUGGAAGCAGCGAUUGGCCGUCCGGGCUGUGGAGGCGGGGAUAGCCGUCUUCUCCCCUCACACCUCGUGGGACAGUGUGAAAGGAGGCGUGAACGACUGGCUGGUCGGGGGACUCGGCAGCGGUCGGGUGUCGGUGCUGAGCCAGGCCCUCGGUGGCGCCUCCCACAGCCACAAACUGGAAUUCACGGUCAGGAGCACUGAGGAGCUGAACACUGUUAUGGAGGAACUGAAGGCUGUUGAUGGUGGAACAACACUACAGCAUACAGCCAGCAGACCAGACAGCGGUGGUAUCCCUGUCAGCAUAACCUGCAGUGACUCAGCACUGACACCGAGUGUCCAGACUUUGUUACGACACAGCACUCCCAGCCAGUCCCUCAGCAUCCUGAAGCUAGAGAAGCCUCCUCUCCCGGGCCACGGCCAGGGACGACUCAGUGUUUUGGAUGAGCCGGUAACCGUGGCAACAGCCAUCCAGAAAAUGAAGUCCCACUUGGGUCUGAGUCACCUCCGUUUGGCUCUGGGUUCGGGGCAGACGAUGGAGUCGUCUGUGAGCACCGUGGCUGUGUGUGCUGGCUCUGGGGCCUCGGUGCUGAGUGGAGUCAAGGCAGAUCUCUACGUCACAGGUGAGAUGUCCCACCACGAAGUGCUGGACGCUGCAGCGAACGGAACCAGCGUCAUCCUCAGUGACCACAGCAACAGCGAGCGAGGUUUCCUGGCUGUGUUCAGGGAGAGGCUGGCCGUGCGUCUCCCCGAUGUUGUGACAGUGAUGGUGUCGAAGGCCGACAGGGACCCUCUGGAGGUCGUCUGACCUCCUCUGUACCAGUUAGUCCGUUGGAUAACUUCACACUGUUUAGAUCGGACAAAACUGAGCGAUCCAAAUGUGUCAAGCUCUUCACGUAAAGCCGUCCGCUGACUGUACAGUUUCUGAGAGAACAAGCUGUGCCUCACGCUAUGAUGGAAAUCGCGUCCUCGGUACAUGUUGUGCUGUUUAUCGUGUGUUUCUGGCAGGGUCUUAAUAAAAAUGGGUUCUGGCUGAUCGAAAUGGGCUGUAGGCGUGUUGGAUGAGGAAACAUCAUCAGCCUACAGACGCAGUGAGAGGCGAAGUGAAGCAUGUAAUCUAUAAUCUAAAUGCAUGCGGCUCGUACAUGCAGCGCAUCUAUUCACGCUUAAUCCUGAUAGUCAGUGACCUCAAGUUUGAGUUUGCUUCGGUGCGACGAGACAUUCAGCAGAUUUCCCCCUAAAAGGAGGCAUGUUUACAUCAUGUACAGGGGGAAAAAUUAGGUAAUCCUCAUCAGAUUAAAAGCUUCCAUCAUAAACACGCUAUACAGGAAACUGCAUCAACCUGAGUCAGCUGUGAGAGUUUAAAGGCAAAUCACAACACGGAACUCUCAGUGAUGAAUAAGAAUAUGACCAGGAUUCUUAACAGGAUGACCUUUAGGCCUUUGUGAGAAAACACAGGUGGACAUCAAACCAUUUAGCACAUACAUGUCAAAGAGCAGGCUGAUGGUAAUACUUCAUGCGCUGUCAACAGCCCGCGCCGCCGUCCCCCGCUCCAGUAACGGUUAAAACAA